AUGGCACCAGCUAAAAGGGGACGUCAACUGAGUUUAUUUCAAACCAACAAUGGGAACAGCAACAACAACAAGAGCAACAACAACAAAACUGUUACUACUACUAGUACUCGUAAGAAUAUUGAUAAUAAACCUAUUGGGGUUAUUUUCGGACAGAUAGAUGAUGUCCCUUCCGGUUGUUCCUCUGAUGGGGGUUCUCCACGGCGUAAACUCGAAUUGGAUGAUGAGGGAAGUCAAAGUGUCUCAUUUGAUCCCACCAAUCUCAGUGCUUCUCUUUCACAAGAAGUUCGUUACGAUCCCAGUGAUCACACCGUCAUAUUUCCUCAUGAUCGACUUUCAAAACACAUGAUGGUACUGCCACGCUCUCUUCUUUGCAAUACCGUUAAUACUACUAAUACUACUACUACUACUACUACUACUACUACUACUACUACU